AUGCGCCUCUCUCUACUCAGUAUCGCCGUUCUUCUGCGCUCCCAUCUCGCCUACGCCGAGAAGGUCCCAGUCAAAGAAAUCGGCGAAAGCUUCAAGAUCGACGGGGACAAAGUGACAUGGCCCGAUGGUCCAUUCACAGGAAGCCUGGCAUGCACUGGCCCCGACAAGGUGCUAAGCAUGAGUGCCAACAAGAAGUACGGCACCUGCUGCCCACCCGGGGCCAGCCUCAAGGGGUCCCCAGAGACCGAAUUCCACUGCUGUGGUGAGGGCCAUGAUGUCACAGGCUCCAAGGACGUGGGCUUUGAAUGCUGCGUAGAGGGCUCUACCUUUGAUGGCAAGACGUGCAAGCGGGAGGAGACCUGUCCCAAUGGGAAGCAGAUGGUUAAUGGGAAAUGCCAAUGCCCGUCAGGCCAGGUCGAGGGCCCAGAUGGUGUCUGCAAGCCCGGGAAGUGCGAGUCCGGGGUUGAAACCGGGAAAUGCUACUACUUCACCGGCCUAUCCGGCAAUUACCUGACAUACAACCACGCCCAGUACUCCGAAACCAAACUCAGCAAAUACAUCCGCCCUGGCAAGUUCCAAUUCUGCCGCGAUGAGAAAUGUACACCGGGCCUGCCCGUCAACCCCAGUGACGAGGUUAACCUCAAGGACCUGCACGGCGCCCUCCCAGCCGCAACGGACGGGGGGCAGUGGCUAAACAACAGGCAGAACGGUGGGCACAUUGGCAAGACGGACGACUACGACAAGGCUGGUAAAUUCUCGAUUACAAAGUGGCCGUGCGGGAAGUACUGCCUUACUGGGUUUAGCACCGGUCUUACCCAGGCUUGCCCGGAUAGUAGCCCUGGCAUCAGCUUGGAUACCCGAGCGACGGACUCGUGCAUUGAGUAUGAGCUCAUGGAGGUGCCUUGCGAUAUUCGGGAUGAUACAAACAACUGUAUCUGGGACAAGGGGGACCAGUGCUGUAACAAGAUUGACUGCUCUCAGAAGCUCUAG